GAUAACAUAUGCCAAAGUACACCUUCACACCUGUGCAAAGGCACUCCUUUCCCAGGACACGGAGAUGGUUGAGAAGAGUAGACUAGAGAAUUAACUGGAAAUUUGUAGCCAUUUUGUAGUGGACUCUUGUUUUGUUUGCCUGUUUAUUUUUUAUUUUUUGUUAUAGUGGGUGUUAUAUACUGCUUUUGUUUAAGUUUCCAAACUCAGUGGCCGUUCAAUACAGAGAAGGACUUCAGUAUAUUUUGUGACCCAUAACACGGGAUGAAGAUGUGGUCUGUGGGUGUCCUCAUUCUCCUGUUGUUCUGCUAUGCUUGCCUUUCGAUUGAGAGUGGAAAUGGGAGAGUACAUUUCAUCUCCCACAACUUUAACAAUACACUACACUGGGAGGCUGUGGAACCUUCCUAUCCAGGAGAAGAGAUGCUAUAUAGUGUCCAAUACCAGAGUGACGCAACAGGGCAGUACCAGAUAAAAGAGGAGUGUCAAAACAUUACUGAUCUGUUGUGUGACCUGACUGCAGAAACCCCGUCACUUCCUGAACUUUAUUACCAUGCCCGGGUAUACGUUAAUGGUCGCUUGCUUGGCCGCACCGACUUCAGGUUUAGUCCUCUAGAACACACCGUUCUUGGUCGACCCACCUUGUCGAUAAACACAACUGGGUCAUCCCUGUACGUUAAUGUCACGCUGCCCUUGGGGCCAAAAAGAGCCUCCAUUGCAGACAUCAUCAGCAACAGCAAACAUGGUUACUCUAAAACUGCUGUUGUUUAUACUUUAAAGAUCACUAAACCACACUGGGCUGCAUUGGUCAAUAAAAGCACCACUGGAAGGUUUGUCAUCAAUUUGAAAAACCACAAAACUCAGUACUGCGGCUUUGUGGUCUACAGGCCUUUUUCUGAAUGGGGUCGCAAAGAGAGUGAGAAUGCCUCCUUCUGUAUCACAUUCCCAGACAAUCAUCAGAUGAUUUUAACAUGGCUUUUCGCAAGUGCUGGCCUUCUGGUGGCCAUAAUCACAAUGUCCGUCGUGUGGAUGUGCAACUAUGUGAGGGGUGGAAAGAAAACCAUAUUGCCACCUUCAUUGGAAACCAACUUUGGCAACUCAUGUAAGGUGCAAUCUCCAGACCGCUGUAUCACUUCUAUACCAGUGGUCAGCAAUGCGAAUGAACCAACAGUUUACGCCACAAUCCAGGUGAAGCCAAAUGUGCCUGUUGUGAGGUAUGGAGGUUAUUCGCCCCAGGAAAUCCCAAGCCAAGCCUGGCAAGGCAACACUGGGUCUUCUGUGGACACUCUUGCCAACAGUCUAAUGCCACAACUCCUGGAUGUGAGUGCCCAGUCCUCUGAAAUCUACAGUGCAGUGGCUGUCCAUGUACCUGCAGAAGGGAAUGAAGAUGUUCAACAGCCUACCAUGGAAGACAGACAAAUGUGUACCAUACCAUUGCCUUCCAGUACAAAGCUGAUAGUAGCUGGAGUACCACCUUCACCAGAUGUGGAUGACUGUGACAGCAAUUCAGACGGGCCUUUGCUGUUGCACACAGUGCUUGACACCAAUGGACAACUCACAUUGCCUUCUCUCACUAUGUUCCAGAGCAGCAUAGACAACAUGGCCUCACCUCUUUUAUCAGACGUCAUAACUUUUAACAUGGAGACGCCAUUUUUAGCAUCAUUUCAGAGGUUCGACAGCUCUGAGUGGUCAGACUCUGGAUGUGAUGAUAGCAGUGUAAACACAGCAACCCAACAAUACUGCAACACCCAUUAUUUCCCACCUCAACCAGUUUCUCCUUAUUCUCACCAGCAAUGUCAGAUAACACAAUGUAGCAUUCCCAAUUCUGAAUCAGGUUACAAACAAAACUGGAUGUCCGCAAUACUUCUUCAAAGCACAUCCAAAGACGGCUGUGAAUACAUAAGGACAAACAAUCAUUGAACCUGGACUUGUACCAAAAAGGAGGAGGAAGGAGGAGAUAUAUACAGAAGAGAGGAGCGAUCAAAGAAAAUUGCUCUGGGGAGUUGGCUGGUACAAAUUCAAGAAUAGUUCCACACUUCAUAAUCUCUGUAUGCCUUUUCCUCAUAUUGGUUUGUAGAUAAACGAAUGUUUUCAGUGCAGUGACCUUUUUAAAAAAACAAAAAAAAAAACAA